ACCGUCGCGGCCUGAUGACGUCGCACAAUGGCCGGCCCCCGCGGCUAGUGGAGCCCGUUUGUUCCGCCCGCGUCGCGCCUGAAGCCGGAGACUGUGAACAGCGGAAGGGCCGAGAGACGCCUUCUCCGCGCCGUCCCGACCCCUGCGAAGCCGUGGCCCCCUCUCUGCCCUCGAGCUGAGAACCGUGGGUACUGAUGGAUGUGGCCGAGAGCCCUGACCGGGACCCUCGCUCUCCGGAGGACGAAGAAGAGCAGCAGGGGCUCUCGGACGAUGACAUCCUGAGGGAAAGCGGGUCUGAACAGGAUCUGGACGCGGUGGGUGGGAGGGCUUCUGACUUGGAGGAUGAGGAGAGUGUGGCCCCAGGACUGAGCCAGGAGGAUGAGGAGAGUCGUUCCGAUGAGGACGACCGGGACUCUGAGGCUCAGGAGCUGAGCAGGGGCCCGGCCAGCCCCCCACGAGCCGAGGGGGACCAUGCCAGCGACCUGAGGGACGAGGCUUCGUCGGUCACCAGGGACCUGGAUGAGCACGAGCUAGAUUACGAUGAGGAGGUGCCCGAGGAGCCGGCCCCUGGUGCUCAGGAGGACGACGCUGAGAAGGCCGGGCCCGAGGAUGACGAGGAGCGCGGAGAAGGGGCUCCUGGGGAGGAGGGAAAGGUGGGGGGCCGUGCCGUGGAGGACAAGGAGCCCCCAGAGGCUGCCAAGGAGAAGAGGAAAGAGGAUGAUGACGGGGAGAUCGACGACGGGGAGAUCGAUGACGAUGACCUGGAGGAGGGUGAGGUGAAGGACCCCAGUGACAGGAAGGUGAGGCCUCGUCCUACCUGCCGAUUCUUCAUGAAAGAUGUUGUGACACCAUUGUCCACUCCUCCACCAAUAUCAAAUUCCAUACCAUUCAGAGGCCAGGUUAAAGGGAACUGCACGUGGGGCAUGAACUGCAGAUUCAUACACCCUGGAGUCAACGACAAGGGCAACUACUCGCUCAUCACCAAGGCUGAGCCCUUCCCACCCAAUGGGGCCCCGCCGCUCGGACCGCACCCCCUGAUGCCUGCCAACCCAUGGGGCGGGCCUGUAGUAGAUGAAAUUUUGCCUCCACCCCCUCCAGAACCCCCCACAGAGAGUGCCUGGGAACGAGGACUCCGGCAUGCAAAGGAGGUUUUGAAAAAAGCAACUAUUCGAAAAGAACAGGAGCCUGAUUUUGAAGAGAAAAGGUUUACAGUGACCAUUGGUGAAGAUGAGCGAGAAUUUGACAAAGAAAAUGAAGUUUUCCGAGACUGGAACUAUCGGAUCACGAGAGAUGUCAGAGACACAGCACUUGAGCCUUACGCAGACCCUUAUUACGACUACGAGAUAGAGCGCUUCUGGCGUGGCGGGCAGUAUGAGAACUUCCGGGUGCAGUACACAGAGGCCGAGCCGUACCAUAACUACCGGGAAAGGGAGCGAGAACGGGAGCGGGAGAACAGACAGCGCGAGCGGGAGCGCGAGCGCGAGCGGGACCGGGAGCGGGAGCGGCGCCAGCGGGAGCGCGAGCGCGAGCGGGAGCGCGAGCGGGACAAGGAGCGGCAGCGGCGGAAGGAGGAGUGGGAGCGCGAGCGCGCCAAGCGGGACGAGAAGGACAGGCAGCACCGCGACCGCGACAAGGAGCGCGAGAAGGACAAGGAGAAGCCCAAGGCCCGCUCCCCGCAGCCACCCAGCCGUCAAGCUGAGCCACCAAAGAAGGAGACGGCAUCCACAGGACCCCAGGUGAAGAGAGCCGACGAGUGGAAGGACCCCUGGCGCCGGUCCAAGUCUCCGAAGAAGAAACUCGGGGUGUCGGUCUCUCCGAGCCGUGCUAGACGGCGUCGAAAAACAUCAGCCUCGUCGGCCUCUGCCUCCAAUUCCUCCAGGUCCUCCUCACGGUCGUCGUCCUAUUCUGGCUCCGGCUCGUCCCGUUCCCGGUCCCGCUCCUCGUCCUACAGCUCCUACUCCAGCCGGUCCUCCAGGCACAGCUCGUUCUCAGGCAGCCGGUCCAGGUCCCGGUCCUUCUCGUCGUCCCCAUCGCCGUCCCCGACGCCCUCCCCACACAGACCUGCCAGAGCCAAGGGGGAGCCAGCUCCACCUCCUACGAAAGCAGGAGAGAAGCUGCUGAAGAAGCCAGCCCCUCCUCCAGCCCUACCGCAGGCCCCCAAAACCGCCACCACUGCCCCUGAGCCCACCAAGCCCGGCGGAGACCCUCGGGAAGCCAGGAGGAGGGAGCGGCAGGCGAGGAGCCCCCCCAGGAGGCGCACAGUUAGCGGCAGCGGCAGCGGCAGCAGCUACAGUGGCUCCAGUUCCAGAUCCAGAUCGCUGAGCGUAAGCAGCGUGUCCUCGGUGUCCAGCGCCACGUCGAGCAGCAGCUCAGCACACAGCGUGGACUCGGAUGACAUGUACGCAGACCUGGCCAGCCCCGUGUCCUCGGCUAGCUCGCGGUCGCCCACCCCAGCCCAGACCAAGAAGGAGAAAGGAAAAUCUAAGAAGGAAGAUGGUGUGAAAGUGGAUAAGCGGAAACGGGAUUCGUCCACACAGCCGCCCAAACCCUCAAGAACCCCUGCGGGCGGCAGGUCCUCCCAGCAGCCCACCACCCCCCAGCAGGUGCCACCAGGCCAGCCCCCAGCAGCCACGUUCAUCGCCCACAAGGAGAUCAAGUUGACGCUGCUGAACAAGGCUGCUGACAAGGGGAGCAGGAAGCGCUACGAGCCCUCAGACAAGGACAGGCAGAGCCCACCGCCAGCCAAGCGCGCCAACCUCUCCCCAGACCGAGGUUCUCGGGACCGGAAGUCAGGUGGGAGAGUCAAUUCCCCGAAGCCAGAGCGGCAGAGGGGCCAGAAUUCCAAGGCCCCCUCGGCCCCAACAGACAGGAAGCGCCCGCUGUCACCCCAGUCCAAGAGCUCCAGCAAGGUCACCAGCGUGCCUGGCAAAGCCUCGGACACCAGCACCACCGCCGCCGCGGGCACCAAGUCAGGGAAGGCCAGCACGCUGUCACGGCGGGAGGAGCUGCUGAAGCAACUCAAGGCCGUGGAGGACGCCAUCGCCCGCAAGCGGGCCAAGAUCCCCGGGAAGGUGUAGCCCGGGCUCUGCUCCCCGAGGCAGGGACUCACCUGUUUUUAUAAAUAGGGUAAGCGCAGCCAUUUUGGAUUUUGCAGUUUAUGUCUUAUUUUGGCUGUGAUUCUUUUUAAAAAUUAAAAAAGAAAAAAAAAGUUUCUCAGCUGGAAAAGAAGCCACACAUGUAAUGAAGAUGAUGCUGAAUCCCAAACUGAACCAACCCCUUCCCAGAGCAGAAGUCCUGCGAGCCAGGUGGGUGGGGACGUGGGGGCAGCGAGGACCAGCUCUGAUUUUAUGUCAGUUACGAGUCCUCCCUCCGCUCAGGCAGGCGUCCUCAGCUCCGCCCUCCUCUGUAACCAGGAACACUGAGUGCUGCCGAGCGUCUUCCCCACCCCGCCGUCCCCAGGAUCAAAAAUAUAUAUAUUCUUGACUGAAGUCUGAUUGGAAAAUACUCCUGUCUUUUAUUUUAAGCAUCAAAUUGUUUUAGUUGAUUUAAAAUGGAAAAAAAAACAGAAAAGACUGAAAAAAAAAAAAACAGGCCGAGGGUAUUGUUGGGCAUCUGUCAGAUGUGGAGGGUCUUUUUUUGAGGGGUCUCCUAAAAUAAAAUAUUUUGAUAAACA